AUGGCGGUCGUGCAAAGCAACGUCCUUGUCGAUAUCAUACACUGCUUGGACUCGACCAGAGACGUCUUAUCGCUGCUUCAGGCGCUCCCACCCGCUUCGCUCGAUGCGCCGCUCGCUGCGCUCUGGACACUCUUGGUGACACCCGAUGCCUUGGACGCCAAGCACUGGCCGCAGGUUUGCGUGGAAGAGAUCGAUCGCCGCUACACCUCUAUCGUGCUUGCGGCGCUCCCACUCUUUCGCUCGAUUCGCAUCAAGAGCAUUGUGAGCCUCAAUGCCACGUUGCUUGACGCCCCCAUCGAGUAUGGUACAUGGUCUCGUCCCGCAACGGCCGAUUUCGCCGCCAAGUGGGGACACAAAAUCGAGUCCAUCGAAGUCAUGCCGUGUGAAGAAGGGCGAGGCAUGGACGAGAUGCGCCGAAUCCUUCGACGCUGCACGGGGCUCCGUCGCAUCGACUGCAUCGUCGACGAGUCGAACGCGACAUUUUUGAAUGCUGCUGUGCAAGCAGUGCCGCACGUCCAACGCAUUGUCUUUUUGUCGACCUGCUUGUUUCGUAGCGAACACUGGCGACCGGUCCUUUCCACGUGGCUCGCGUCUGGCCACGCGACGCACCUCCAUCUCGAUAUUUUUACGUGCGACGACGACGUGGAAAUGGGUCAUGACAUCGCCGCCACGACGUCGCUCACGAGCCUCAAACUAAACGACUCGCCUGGUGUCGUCCAAGGACUUGUCGACGCAAAAGUGCCCCUACCCAACAUCACCGAGCUCCGUCUGCAGUCGGCUCGGUCGGAUAUCCUUCGAAACUUUGUGACACACCGAAUUCACCACCCACGUCUUCGCGUCCUCGAGCUGGCGUCCAAUUAUGACGCCAGCUGCACGUUUGUCUUGCUGCUACUGCCGCAGUUGAGUGCUCUGGAAGAGCUGACGUUCCAUCAGUGCAAGCUACGCGACGUGCCGGCCCUGCAAAAAACGCCGACACCACGUCUUCGUUUGCUUCAUUUGGCCAGCUGCGACAUGGACGACAAUGUUCUCGUCCGUCUUCUGGAUUGGGCCUCGCGGUCCCCAAGCCUCGAGACGGUCGAGCUCGCUCUGUGCGACCUGCCGUGGCACGAGCCCGAGCUAGGACGCUUUGUCCGCAGCCUUCAGAAGUGUAUUGCGGUGGGCGCAAGCUCCAUCACUAUCCACGCCUUCAGUUUGCGUUGCGUCAAGACCAUCGCCGAAGUGCUCCGGAAUUUGCAUCCGACGACACCGUUUGUCCUCAAGAUCGACGUGAUGCAAAGCGAAUGCUGCGAGCCGCUUCUGGAGGCGCUCGCCACGUGCACCGGCGUCAGCAUUGAGUGGUCGUUUUUAGGAGGUCUCGCGCACCGUGGUUUCGUCAUGAUGCACAAGCUGGCAGAGUCGCUCGAGCUACACAUCGAAAGGCACGCCCAGGAUAUGGUGCUCAUUUAUAGCCCUGUGUUUCCACGAGAGACGACAACCUCAACGAGCCCGCCACACAUCUUUUGA